CGCCGCCGCCAACACUAUGCUGUCAUCAUCGGCGCCCAGUCUGACCUUACAAUUGAUAACAAUAUCUAUAAUCACAUUACAACGAACCAGAGAUCACAACUCAAUCGAUACCAAUCGGCCGAUUGCCGACACCUACGACUACAUUGUGGUCGGUUCGGGUACGGCCGGUUCGAUAGUCGGUUCACGCCUGUCGGAAGAUCCCGGUGCCAGUGUACUGGUGCUCGAAGCUGGCGGUCCGCAAACCGUACUAACAGAUAUGCCGGCUAUGGAACGCCGACUAAUCGGUUCGGAUGUCGACUGGUCCUAUCGGACAACCCGUCAAGCGGGUGCCGGCUGGGCAUUCGGUGGCCGAGUACCGAUACCGCGUGGCCGGGUAGUCGGCGGUUCGCAUAACCUAAACUUUAUGGUCUAUUCGCGCGGCAAUCGCCGCGAUUUUGAUAGUUGGUCUCAGCGUUUCGGUGCCAGCGGUUGGAGCUAUUGGGAAGUGUUGCCCUAUUUUCUACGAUCGGAAAAUCAAACCGAUCGGGAAAUAUUGUCAGCGAAUGCCGGUUAUCACUCAACCGCGGGUCGUAUGGUUGUAGCGACACCACCAUCGGUUGAUCCUAUACUCCAGAAAUGGAUGGACAUACAAGUCCAACAAAACGGUAUACCCAUAGUCGACCAGAACGGUCCGGGACAGUUAGGUAUCAAUUGGUUUCAGCAGACCAUCUACUAUCAGUCAAACGCUACCCGAUCGACAACGGCCAGUGCCUAUCUGGAGCCGUACGCACGCGGCGGCGGUACCAUACGUCCUAAUCUACAGGUGCUGACACGUGCGUUUGUUACGAGACUAGUGAUGACUACCGAUAACACGGGUGGUAGUAGUGGUGGUGGUGGUGGUGGUGUACGGGCAGCGGGUGUCCACUACGAGCAUAACGGUCGCGAGCAUACGGUAUACGCCCGACGAGAAGUGGUGCUCAGCGCCGGUUCAAUCAAUUCACCACAAUUGCUAAUGUUAUCGGGUAUAGGCCCCAGACAACACCUACAGGAGCUAAACAUACCGGUUCUGGUAGACCUACCUGUUGGCUACAAUCUAAAAGAUCAUGUAUACGUCCAGUUGGACUACCAGGUCCUUAACAAAUCGUUGGUCAACUCCCGUAACGAUUUGACCGUCGAAAACAUGUACGACUAUUAUGUCGGGGCUGGCGGUCCACUGGCACAGUAUCCGCUAGUCUACCAGUAUCUGAAUAGUCCGAUGAAUAACGAAACCGAUUGGCCUGAUCUGCAAAUCGAUUUGAAUGUUGCACCAGUAGGUAAUAAUCUGACAGCACUGGUAGCCAACAAAGCCGUCCAUCGGCAACAAUGGGAGGACUACUAUAGGCCACAUUUGGGCGAUAAUACCCGACUGGGUAUACUAUGUUUUCACUAUCGGCCGCACAGUGUCGGCCGUCUACGGCUGGCCACAGCCGAUCCGCACGAUCAGCCACUAUUGGAUACUAACUAUCUGGACUAUCGGGGCGACGGUUACGACAUUCGGGCACUGGUAGCCGCCAUACGACAGGCUAUGAUCUGGGCUAAUACUGGCCAGUUUAGCCAAUAUGUACGACCGUGGCAGCACCCGAUACCCGGUUGUCAACUAUGCACCGAUGCUGUUCAGGCUAUACACCUGUGCGACCAAUAUCUUGAAUGUUAUGCCCGAUCGUUGACAAUGACUGUCGGCCAUCAAGUGGGCACCUGUAAGAUGGGCGGCGGCGGCGGCACCGGUAGUACCGAUAGUGUAGUCGAUGAGCGACUACGUGUGCGCGGUGUCCGAGGCUUGCGCGUAGUCGACGCAUCCAUUUAUCCCGAUAUAACCAAUGGUAAUACCAAUGCACCGACGGCUAUGAUUGGCGAAUACGGGUCGCAGCUGAUCCGGGAUGACCAUCAAAAAUCUUAUAGGGCUGUCCCACCCCUCCCUCUGAUUAUGUCAUACUAG